AUGUUGAGAUUUUCCCCUUUUUUUGUAUUUUUGCCAGUCUUUUCUUCAGAGAGAGUUUUUCACUGCGACUUUGAAGCUGACUGGUGCGGGGCAGAAGACAUUCCCGGCGACUUCCUCCUGUCGGAAAGCAAUACAGACACUCCAACCCACGGCACUGGCCCUCAAUUCGGCGAUCACACAUCCGGAAAUGGCUACUUUAUUUUUGCAGAGUGUUCCUGGCCGCGCAAAGAGGGCGACAAGGCUGGAAUCGUCGACGAGGAACAUAGUCGUUUACCGGCAAGACAAAUUAAGGAAUACAAGGAUGGCUCAGAAGAAGCCUCUUCUUGUCAAAAUGAGCAGACAAGGUCGCUGAGUUGCAAUUUCGACGAUGAACUUCUGGAUUCAGACGAGUGCGGUUGGCGAGUCACUGGCCUAACCCGCUGGGAGGGAGAGACUUUUACGCCUGGGACGGGGCCAAGUGCCGCGCAAACUGGAUCUCAUUACGUUUACUUGGAGUCGUCGGACCUCUCUCAAGGGAGCCUGGAGUCUUUUAGCUUACAAAGUGGGGCAUCCAUUUGUCUUACUUUUGCAUAUCACAUAAGGGCUCAUAAGAAAUCGUCGUUGGAAGUGACAGCGAAUGAUGAAGUCAUCUGGCGAUCUUCAGGAAUCUGGAACGAAGAAACCAAUAAAUGGAAGAAGGCCCAACUAGACAUUUAUAUGAAGAAAACCGGGAAGAUUAAAAUAAGUGCUGUCGCGAAAAGCGUCCAGUCUGAUAUUGCAAUAGACAGUAUAAAAGUUUCAGGGUGCCCGUGCAAUUAUGAUGAGGACAAGCAAUCUGUUUUGAACUGCAAUUUCGAGGAAGAAAAGUCAACUUGUGGAUUCACUCCAUCAAGUUUCAUUAAACUACGUAAAGGAAUUCUCGUUAACCCUUUUGGCAAACUAACUUCGGCGAAAAACGAAGACUCUGGUUGCUUGAGCAUCGUGUACAGAAGCACCCAGGAUAAAAUGAAGCUUGCUGCUUAUGACAACAGCUCGAGAAAGAACCGGCUUGUCUGGGAGACGACGCAGAAUACACGAGGCGCCUGGGUCAAGGAAUCUUUCAACGUUGGCAAACAUGGACUGACGUUUAAAAAUGAGCCAUUAGAUCUUUCCAAUCUCUUUGGAACUGGCUACGAAAUACAAUCGACGAGUUUCAACUUUCUCCCUUGUCCUGAAAAAGCCGAAUGCAACUUUGAAUCCGACUUUUGCAAUUUAGAAUACUCGGAAGCGGAAGACAAAGAACUGAUGCAAAUUGAUUUUUAUGGCAAAACAAAGAAAGGGGUGCACUUGGAAUACGGAGAAAGCAUUGAGGGGAAGAAUCAUUGGCGAGUCGGAUGCCUCAAAAUAAAAGCAGAGGAUUACUCGCUCAUUAGCUCCGUGAGCUUGCAUUCUGGCCCGUGUCUUCCUUGCUGUCAGAAUGACGGAAUCGGACAGCUGUGGUCUAAGUGUCGCAACGGACAAUGCAUCGCUUCUGAUGACCUCUGUGACGGCUUCGACGACUGCGGCGACGGAUCAGACGAAGCAGACGACAUUUGUGACAGGAGUAAAAAUCAAUGCGGCGUUUCUGAACUGAUACUGGAUCAAAUGUCCUCUUCAUCUGCUAAAAGCUGGGAAGAGCUGCUCAAUUUGCCUGGAUUAGGAGGAGAAGAAGGACCUCGGCUAAAGUUGGCGGGAGGGCAUAUCGGGCGAAAAUCGCAGUUUCCUUGGCUGGCACUGAUUUAUAUUUUUUAUAAAGGAGAGCAAAAAGUCUGCGGCGGUGGAAUUCUUGACAAUAAGUGGAUAAUAACAGCUGCUCAUUGCGUUCAAAAAUACGACUCGAUGGAAAUCGUUCUUGGAGAACACGACCGGCUCCAAGACGGAAGAAACGAGCAAAAGUUCCAGCAAGAUAUCGUCGUCACCCACGAGUACUACGAGCACAGAUCUGGGCGAUCUCCCAAGAACGAUAUUGCGCUGAUAAGGUUAAAUGACGACAUCAUCUUUGACGAAAAUGUUCUUCCAAUUUGCUGGGACACAGGGUUCAAUGUCGGAUUUACCGGCGACGAUUGCGCAAUUGCCGGCUGGGGUUACACUGAGAAUACCAUCGAUAAUUCGGUUAUUCAACGAUAUGGUGCGAUGCAAAUUCUUGAAAAAACCGACUGCCAAGAAAGAUGGAACGGGACGGAAAUCCCCGAAAAUACAAUCUGCGCUGGGGAACGAUAUCAAGUCUCUGCUUGCCGAGGAGAUUCAGGCGGGCCACUGGUUUGCAAAGGCCCUGACGAGCGAUGGCAUCUUCGAGGAAUCGUCAGCUUUGGCAGGGGAAAAUGCUCGACUAGAAGUCCUCUGCCGACUGUUUUCACCGACAUUCCUAAGUUUAAAAGGGUCCGGACCGUUGCAUUUGCCGUAUUUUGCUUCCUCGUCUGCGUAAUAUUUUGGCAUGUGAAGCAAGAAUACCCCAAAACAGUAAAACUGAAGCACAGAUCUGAUGAAAACCAGUCCCUUGGUCACAAAUACGCCGAAGUCGUCAAAAAGUCCGACUCGCAUCAUUCCCCAAUCGUACUAAAACGACCAGAUGAAAUGCCUCCACUCCUGCCGAGACCGCUCGGAGAUGCGAUAACAGAAGGACAAAUGGGCAAAUCUGUGAAACUCACUGAAGAGCAAAAGAAAAGUGAUGAAUACAAAAAGAUCGUCGAUAGAUUUAUGGUCAAUCAUCUGGCUUCAGAAAGAAUAUCGCUGCAUAGAACAGUUGGAGAGCACAGACACAAGCACUGCGUGGCCUUGGCUAAUAAGGGCUACAGAUAUGACCAGCUUCCAACAACGUCCGUAAUCGUCACAUUCUACAACGAAGGGUGGACUACUCUUCUCCGAACCAUCUAUUCCAUCCUCCACACCUCUCCCGAAGUACUCCUAAAAGAAAUCAUUCUUAUCGACGACGACUCGGACAAAGUCGAAUUCCCACGCCUUGGCCAAGAACUAGAGGACAUCGUCGCUACGAUGCCACGAGUUAGACUAAUCCGCACGAAGCAACGUGAAGGUUUAGUUCGAGCGCGGUUGCUUGGCGCUGAACUUGCAACUGGAGAAGUCUUGACAUUCCUCGAUUGCCAUAUUGAAUGUAACGAUGGCUGGCUUGAGCCGUUGCUUCAGAGGAUCGCUGAAAACGAUUCAGUCGUUGCCGUGCCGAUCAUAUCGACAAUCAGCUGGCAGGAUUUCGGUUUUCAUCACAGCUCUGGAAGUAUUGAGCCCCAAAUCGGCGGUUUUGACUGGCGCUUAACAUUUCAAUGGCACUCAAUUCCUGAAGAAAUCCGGGCGAAAAGAAUAGCGGAUACUGAUCCGGUUCCAACGCCGACCAUGGCUGGCGGUCUUUUUGCUGUAUCCCGACAGUAUUUUAGGUCCAUCGGGUCUUAUGAUACUGGAAUGGAAGUUUGGGGCGGUGAGAAUCUCGAAAUGUCCUUCCGCGUUUGGAUGUGCGGCGGAUCACUGGAAAUCAUCCCGUGUUCUAUCGUAGGUCACGUGUUUCCAAAGACAGCCCCUUACGAGCGAAAAUCCUUCACGCCAAAUACAGUUAGAGCUGUCGAAGUCUGGCUGGACGAUUACAAGCGACAUUUCUACGCUAGAAAUCCCCCUUCGAAGCUUGAAAAAUAUGGCGAUAUUUCUGAGCGCGUCAAACUGAGAAAUGGUCUUCAAUGCAGAUCUUUCCAGUGGUAUUUGGAGAACAUCUACCCAGAUCUUCCAGUACCAGAGGAUCUUCCUGGCCAAUACGGAGCGCUGCAUAACAAAGGAACUCCUAGUCGAUGUUUAGACUACAAUCCGCCGGAGAAUGAUUUAACACACGGCACGGUGGGGACUUUCGGCUGCCACGGUCAAGGAGGAAACCAAUUCUUCGAAUUUAACUCCAAGGGUCAUUUGCGAUACACGUCCCAGUUUGAACUCUGCAUAGCAAAGAAGGACGAUAACUCUGGAGAAAUUGCGGCAGUAAUGUGCAAUGGGAAAAAUGUGAACCCUCCGGCUCGCGCGAUUUGGAUCAAAAUCCCUCAGGAUGAUGGAAAAACAUUCCAGCUCAAGAACAAGUCAAACGGACUCUGCAUCGCCACGGAGAAAACUGGUGGCAACCCAAAAGUCGUCUUUGAAGCGUGCAAAAACAUGCUUGUUAACGAUAGCAUUGUUGAGACUUCGCUGCUUGAUCUUGAAGAGAAAGAGAAUGAUGCUCCAGACCGAGGCUCUCAGAAAGGUUAUAAGCCAACCAUCACUCAAUUAGGGGAUCCUCUCAAGAUCAAACCAAAGAAGAAGAAGAAGAAGAAGUACCUUGGAUUCGGAGAAAUAAACUCGUGUCCCUGUCAGCAGUCUUGCGACUGCGAAUAUGAAACGUCCUCGGAUGAAUUCGUUCCUCAGACUUGGGACGAAUUUGAGCCAAGCCCUCAAAAAACUUCGAAGAAAGUAACGUUUGCUGAAUAUCUUCCCGCUAUCACUAAAUCUGGCGAUUCUUUCAACGCAAAAAGAAGAAAUGUGAAAAAGUACCGCGGAUUCGGCAAACCGGUUUCCACGUGUCCACGAAAAUCAGGCGAUAUCGAAUCUGACACUCCCUCUGAAGAGUAUGUCCCUCAGACUUGGGAUGAAUUCGAGUAA